AUGGCUGAAAUAGGAAUCGUCGCCUCUGUCUUUGGCGUUGCCGGCGUCGGAUUCCGUCUGUCCCUCCUUCUAAAUGCUGUUGGCUGCGAGAUUGCGUCGGCGGGCAUGGAGAUACACAGCAUAUCGAAAAGCGUCACUCUCUUCUCCUUGAUGCUCAAGCAAGUCGGACAGGCCUUACAAGCAUCAGACUCCGUACACUCCUCGGAAGCCCUGGAAACUGCACAAGAGAUUUCAAUUGAAUGUGAAAAGGUAUUCGAUGAGAUACGGGAAAUGCUAGAUAAGGUCACCAGCCGGAAAAGUGAUGGAUCUUUAUCACCAUCAAUACAACAGAGAUUCAAGUGGUGCUUCAAGAAGGCCCGCGUGCAGUAUUUGUUGGCGCAGUUGGAGUCUCUGAAAAUGAGUCUUCUACUGAUGCUGCAGAUUCUGCAGCUGGGCAAGCUGAUGGCCGCAACACCCCAAAGUGAGCAGAAAGAAGAAGUUGCUGUUAAAAAUGAUAUAAUUGCCCAAGAGCGAGCGGAAACGCAGAACUUGGUCAUCGUUCGUUACUGGCAGAUCAAUCGCUUAGAUCGUCUCUAUACCGCAGCAGAACAUGAGGAAGCCGAAGACCGCAAGAAGCAGAUUGAAGGGAGAAACAAUGGCAAUGCCGAAAAUUCGCAGCUCGCUAUAGAGGCCCCGCCAGAAUAUAGCAUAUCCACAGCAUUGAUCAAGCUCCCUAUUGUCUCACUGGGCGAGCUUGACGCCACCUUGAACCAGAUUCGGGAAUCUCCGAGGGAGAUGUUGAGGGUCUCCGAGAGCGUCAUCGACCCUCUUCUCGGGAGAUGGACCAGGUGGCAGGAGGCUCGUGACCGACAAGGCGUUCGACUUGGUUCCCGUUAUAUGCCGUCUGUCCAUAAUCUCUACGAAUCCGAUGAAGAAAAAGCAAGACAAUACAACGAUUUUCAUGACAGAGAAGACAGCUCCGGAGGGUACUAUCUGGAGGGCACCACCACCGAUUGGCGGAAGCCUCACUCGGCCGCUGCGAAGCAAGAAGCGGCCAAACUCAGGAAGAAGUAUGCUGGGCUGCAACCGUCCAUUAGUGUGGAAAGCAGUGAUGCCGAGGACAAUCAAGGACCUCGAAGGCCAAAGAAGCCUCCUCCAAGCCGACAUGUGAUUGAUUCAAGCACGGAAACCUCAGACUCGGAACGCGAUCAACCCCGUCAAAGACGAAGUAGUUAUGCAGACAGCAGCAACGACAAGAGAUCCCGCUAUCUUGCUCAAAGACCAAAUCCACCCCCUAUGUACGGAAAUGGUGGCGAUGCCAGAGCAAAUGCUGGUGGUAGAAAUAAUAGUUCCCCCAACGGCACGCCGCAGUCGCCACCUAGAUCCUCCAUAUCCGCACCUCGAUCGCCGGGAGCCCAUCGACCGAUGACCACUCCAGUGCAGACUCAAUACUCUCAUGCUUACACUUCCCCCCUACCACCAGUUCACACCUCUAACGCACCAAAUCCAUACGCGCCGCAUAGCCCAUACUCGCCCAAUCCGAAUUCAUCCCUUCACCCUCCUGCGUACCAAGGUCACUACAACAACCCUCAACAAUAUCCUCCCAGGUACAUGCCACCUCAGGGAUAUCGGGUGCCAGUGGCCCCUCAGCAGAGACCCUUCUCUCGGGAGGAAAAACGACCCCGAUCGCCUUCUCGGCACUCUGGACAUAGUGUCCACAGCCAGCGGUCGAUCGAAGAGCUAAAGAAGGCGGAGCGCAAUCGGAAGCACAAAAACCUGGGGCGUAGUGCCACAAAAGGCGUGCUUGGUGCUUUUGCCCUGGAUGGAUUCUUAGAAGCGCUGGAAGGAUUGGAGCUCUGA